AAUCCCGACUCGGAGUCCGGACUGACUCGCAGUACGACUCGGAGUCCGGUCCCCGGCCCGCUCUCCUUCGUCCGCUACUGCGCUACCGGAGCCCGGGCGGACCAUGGCAGACCCGGCCGUGUGCGGCUUCCUCACGGGGCUCCUGUGCACCCAUGGGGGCCGCAUGGAGCUCCGCCAGCUCCUCGGCCUCAUCGAACUGCCCGAGGCGGAGCUCCUCGAGGUGCUGAGAGAAGCCGGCUCCGAUCGCUUCGUGCUCCUGGACGAGGGUGGCGACGGCGGCCCGACGGUGCUGGCGACCACCCGCGUGCGAGUGUGCCGGCGCGUCGUGUGCGGAGGCCCCUGCGAGGCUCUGCACCUCUGCAAGCUCAACCUGCAGGACAGGUGUCGCCGGGACACAAACUUUUGUAAAUACUCCCAUGAAAUUCAUUCAGAAAAGAACGUCAAAAUCCUGAAAAAGCAUGAUCUUUCCAUACUCACCAAAAAUGAGUUGGCCGUUCUCCUUCUCCAGAGUGACCCCUUCUUUCUUCCUGAUAUAUGCAAAUACUACAAGGGAGAACACAGGCAAGACUCUUGCUCUAAGAAGACAGAAUGCAUGAAACUACACAUCUGUGAACACUUCCUUGAAGGGAGAUGCAGUUAUGUCCCCUGCAAUCGGUCCCAUAACUUGAUGGAUACAAAGGUCUUGGAACUUCUCAAAGAAGAGGGACUCACCGUCUCAGUAGUUAGGAAUAUCCAGGAUAUCUGUAAUGAGAAGCAUACCAGGAGGAAUAAGGACAUUGCUAGGAGAAGAGGCCGGUCAAACCCAAAAAACGUAGGAGGUAGAAGCCAAAGUAGAAAUCGUUAUUUUUUGGGGAGGCAAGGAUUGUCUCCAUCUCCUUCAGCCUCUGUUGGAACUGCCCACAUUCCAGAACCAGAUAAAACAGGCCCAGCGCCAUUGCCAUCCUCCAAAGGCAAAGUGAAUCAAGAUUGUGGCCAGUCAAAAUCAGCAACUCCCAAGACUGUCAGUACCCAAGUAAGUCAAGGUGGAACAAACUUGAGCUUUCCAGUAACUGGCCAUAUUGAGAGCUACUGUGGGAGCCAAGGUGAUGCCCAGCGUGCUGCCUCCCGCUCUCCACCCGUGUCAGCUGACAAGGGAGCCCCGCCUGCAGUGAGUAGCCGCACUUCGAGAAGAGUGAAUGUGCUCUUUGAAGGUAAAGCUGACUCUUACUCUGGAUUAUUGCCCUCCUACAACUAUAGAGAUGUAGGAGUUGACUUUGGAAGUCAUAAGGCCUGUUCUUCACCUGCUCCCAAUGAAACUGUUGACGUAUGGGGCACAAGAAGUAAUGCUGUGGUGUUUUCAAAAUACAAACCAACAACUAAUCUAAAGAAAGAGGAAUCCUCAUUUAAGAGUACAGACAAACAGUCCAUGCUAGUGAAUCCUCAAGUGACUGAGACAGCCACAUUGAUAGGCAAACUGGAAACCCCGGUUGCAAAUAACAUAGUAGCUAAUGACAGUUGCAGUGUGAAAUCAGAAGCGUUGUAUAAUAAGCAGUUGCAGCCGGUGGAAUCAGUUGCAUGUAAAGUUGAUGCCAUGACUCUGAACUCGGAAAGGAUUAUUAGAAAUGAAAGAAAAGAGCCCUUUUGUGUGCUUCAGAGUAUCCCGUCCUCUCCUGUGUCUAACACAGCAGCAGUCUGCGUACGACCAAAGGCAUCAUCUGCAAACGAUGUCACCCAGAGUAAAAUUCAAAAGGGCAUUUCGGCCCAGUCUUUUUCACCAGUAGAGAUGCAAACUACCUCCGUCUCUACAUCAGCCGCAGACCACAAGACAGCCACAUCUUCCUUGAGGAAACAUCAUAUCCAUACACAGGUGUUUUCCAGUAGCCGAGCCGGUUCUGUCUUUACCUCUGGUUCUAGUCAAACUCCUGGCACCUUGGCCACAAAUCAAAGCAGAGCUGUGUCUCCUUCCAAAAGUACAAAUGCAGAGGAUUUCAAAGCCAGAGUUUCUAGCACAACACCUUCAGGAAUGGAGAAGAAUGACUCCCAAAAGAUUUGUCUUGACUACCUCAGUGCAGAUUGUAAACUGCAGAGCUGCUGCAAGUCUCUGCAUUUUCAUCUACCGUACCGAUGGCAGGUGUACAUUUUUGACGUGUGGAAAGACAUGAAGGAGAUGGAGGAGAUUGAGAAAGCUUAUUGUGACCCAAGCAUCUCCAAAAGUCACAGUGUGGACUUCCAGAAAAUGCUAUUUGGUAGUUGUCCUGUCCGACGUCUCUCUACUCCAUCAACUGUCCAAAACCCUGUUCAUGUCCUGGCCACUAAGUGGCUUUGGUAUUGGAAGAAUGAAUUGGACCAGUGGAUUGAAUAUGGAAGAGAUGACGGUUCAGAACUCACUUCUGGAGAUCUAGAGUUCUUCUUUGUGCUCUGUUCAGAAGAAUUUGUGGAAUUUUCAGAAGGUCUUCAAAAAUAUAGACUGAACUUUAAUGAAAUGAUCCAGACAAACAUAGUCUCUCAUGCUAAAAGGGAGGUCCGAAGGCGGCCUAAAUUUGUGUCCUCUGUGGCUAUGUACUGGACUCAAAAACAGGAAACUUUCAGCCAACACCGGGAGCAGAACAAGAAAGUUUCCUUCGAUUUUCCUUCACACUGGGAUGUGCUGAACUCAUCACAUGUAGGAUCUGAGUUGUUCGAGGUCAGCAGUACAUCCGCUGAAUAUCGUAAUAUCAGAUACCACUUCAAAUCUACGAUGAAAAAUUUUGAUAUUCAAAAGAUAAGGAGGCAUCAGAACCAAUCGCUCUGGAACAAUUUUCAGCGGAAGAAGAGCAGAAUGUUGAACGGGGGCAAUGAAAAGCUAUUAUUUCACGCAGCAGACCCGUCCUGCGUGGAUGUGAUUUGUCUGUACAAUUUUGACUGGAACUUCCAGUCACUUCAUGAAGCAACAUAUGGGAAAGGUAUUUACUUUGCAAAAGAUGCCAGCUCUUCCCAUAGCAAUCAUAAGAGCAGUUCCAAAAACAGGAUUAUGUUUGUUGCGCAAGUCUUGGUUGGAGCAUUUGUUCAAGGGAAAAGGGAAUACACUCGUCCUCCUCGAGAUAUCAGAACAUAUGACAGCUGCGUGGACAAUAUGACCAAUCCCUCCACUUUUGUCAUCUUUGAUAAGAAUCAGAUUUACCCUGAGUAUAUCAUUGAAUAUACAGAUGUUGAUAAAAGCUGUAGCAUUAGUUAGGAAGGAAGGAAGAGAAACGUGAUUGCACUCAAAAUAAUAAAAACUAUUCUGUACUGUAGAACCAGGUGGCCUAGGAUAAUGGUAAAACAUUAUCCCCAAGCCUGAUAAUUAGGUAUAAAGUAUUUGAUCCCAAGUCUUUGGUUAUCCUGAUUUUCAGCAUUUUUAAGAGCAACACCCUGCCUAUUAUUAUUGCUUGGGUUCUGUGACAACCAUUGCAAAUUCAUGUCCCUAAUAUACUGUAUGGGGCUAGUUAAAAUAAAUUUAGAUUGAUUCAGAAAA